AUGAAUCCAUUCCAGAAUUUAAAGAAAAGAAAUGAGGACCCGCAACGUCAACGACCACUACAUAAGACAAAGAAACCACCUGUUCCGCGCGCGCUAUGGAGUCAACGGCAACGAGGAGACACGUCUUCACGGGGACGUCCUGGAGACGGGGGGAUCCGGGCAGGUAUUCUGCCAAAACCUACUGCACGUGCUGGCAAUUCUCUCAUUUAUGCCGGCACGAGAUAA